UUUUAUGAUCCGCCAGAGGGCGUCGUUUCACUGCAGAAGUUCCGUCUGCUGUUCCGCUGUCUUCAGAUUCAGAAUGACAGUCAACCUCUUGGUUUGAGCAAACAUUCGAUACUGUACCGUCAUUCAUUUAUGACGUUAGUCUGCUAUGAAGCAAACCGAUGUGGGGGUCAAGAGCGUUCGAAUCGUUCUGAAGACGCAUCAAACUAGUUGAGAUUAUUUAGCGUCUUAUUCUCCUUGUGACGUUUAUGACGCCUAAUGAUGACACCGCCAAGAUAUAGAACUUGAUUUGAUUUGAACUGUUCAAGUGUUCAGUAUUUCCAACCACACGCAACUCACCUUUACGGCCUACAUCGUGCCUGCGCCGCGCGUGUCCACCAGACGGAGACCUGUGGUGUCCACACUUUGCGCAUCAGCAGGUGCAUCCACCCCACCCAAAACCCGGGGCGAAUCGAAGGGUUCUCGGUGAGUGAGCUCGUGUGUUUCCGUCACCACUCGUAACCCCGGUUUGGUGUGGAAUGCAGACGCCAGAGGAACAGAGAGGGCUCGAGCAAUCCGACGACGCGCGCGAGUGGAACGGGGAGGAAAACGGUUAACUUAACAAUUAACGAGGAGGAAGUUACCGAGUGUCUGCCAAAGGGACUCCGUUACCGGUCCAUAUUCCAAGGAGAUAUAAACGUUAACUGGUUCAGUCGAUUCCCCCCGAGUGUAUAGGUUGCACCCUGGAUGAGGAGAGGUCCGGGGUUUCUCCGGUAUGCACCGUAUGAACGCAGACACUGCAGACAACCUGAAGAAGAGAAAGACUGCUGUGAUGAGGAUCCCUCCUCAACCCAUAUGACCCCUAAACUCAAACCCCUAUACCCUAACCCCUACAUCCUGAACCCCUAUACCAUAAACCCCUAUACCCGAAACCCCUAUACCCUAACCCCUACAUCCUGAACCCCUAUACCAUAAACCCCUAUACCCGAAACCCCUAUACCCUAACCUCUACAUCCUAAACCCCUAUACCCUAAACCACUACACUCUAAACCCCUAUACCCUAACCCCUACAUCCUAACCCCCUAUACCCUAAACCCCUAUACCCUAAACUACUACACUCUAAACCCCUAUACCCUAAACCCCUACAUCCUGAACUCCUAAACCCCUAUACCCUAAACCCCUGAAUCCCUAUGCCCUGUACCCUAAACCCCUACACUCUAAACCCCUGUACCCUAAACCACUACACUCUAAACCCCUAUACCCUAAACCCCUAAACCCAAACCGAUAUACCCUAACCCCUACAUCCUGAACCCCUAUACCAUAAACCCCUAUACCCAAAACCCCUAUACCCUAACCCCUACAUCCUGAACUCCUAAACCCCUAUACCCUAAACCCCUUAUACCCUAAACCCCUUACACCCUAAACCCCUAAACCCCUACACCCUAAACCCUUAUACCCUAAACCCCUACAUCCUGAACUCCUAAACCCCUAUACCCUAAACCCCUAUACCCUGAACCCCUAUACCCUGUACCCCUACACUCUAAACCCCUAUACUCUAAACCCCUGUACCCUAAACCCUUAUACCCUAAACCCCUUACACCCUAAACCCCUAUACCCUAAACCCCUUAUACCCUAAACCCCUUAUACCCUAAACCCCUAUACUCUAAACCCCUACCCUGUACCCUAAACCUCUACACACUAUACCCCUAUACCCUAAACCCCUAUACCCUGUACCCUAAACCUCUACACCCUACACCCAUAUACCCUAAACCCCUACACCCUAAACCCCUACACCCUAAACCCCUAUACCCUAUACCCCUACACCCUAAACCCCUAUACCCUAUACCCUAAACCCCUACACCCUAUACCCUAAACCCCUAUACCCUAUACUCUAAACCCUGUUCCCUAACCCCUAUACCCUAAAUCCAAUACCAUAAAACCCUAUUCCCUAACCCCUAUACCCUAUUCCCACACCCUACCCCUUUCCCUUGUCCUAUCUCCUCAUCCAGUACCCCAGCCUCUCUACCAGGGAGACACCAGUCUACAGCAUCAAGUUUUCCAGUGUGGGUACUAGCAGGUCCAGUCGUCAUCAUGUUCUAUGGGUCGUCCUCUACCUCGGGGGCCUCCAUGUCGCUGCCCUCCAAGAGCCGUCUCAAACGCCAGAGCAGAACUUUCACGCAGGUCCUGUACCGGACUCUGAGUUACAGGGAUCGUCCCCCGGCCGACCACACCUCCCGAGACCGCCGCUCCAUCACCGAACCCCCCGACGACCGUCCCCGUGACGACCCCGCGGAACUCUCCACCCAGAGCUCCGCCCCCGGCGUCCUGAAGAUCUUCGGAGAUGAGAUCUGCGAGGGCGCCAACUACAAGUCCGUCCUCGCCACGCCCCGGUCCAGCGCACAGGAACUGGUCAAAGAGGCGCUGGAACGCUAUUCGCUGAACAAAGCCUCCGCCCACUCCUACGUCCUCUGCGACGUGAUAGGCCAGCUGGAGGGGGAAGAAGGAGUAGGACAGGGGGGAGGAGGGGGGUGGAGGACGGAGUGUCUGCGGGCGAUGGGCGACAACGAGAAGCCGUUGUUGUUACAGGAACUAUGGAAGCCCAGAGAGGGACAUGCCAGGAGGUUUGAGUUGAGGAGGAGAGCAGAGGUAGAGGAGCUGAAUGCCAAGGAGAAGGAUACGGUCACUGCUGGACCCAAAACACCCCCCUUCCUCGCAGCCCUAAUGGUCCGGUCUGGUCUAGGUAGAAUCAUCUCCUCCCCUCUGCGUUCCGGCCGGGUGGUACAGCCCAACACCCCUGGCUCUAAAGGUGGGCGUGGCCGGGUGGUACAGCCCAAUACCCCUGGCUCUAAAGAUAUCAACGCCCAGGCUAGGAAGCUACAGAGGAACAGAACCAAAGGAACUCUGACACUACCUCGACCUGGGAGCACCUUCUGCCGCUCCCUCAGUGAGACCAGUCUCAACCAGCUGGGGGGUGCAGACGAGCCGGAGCGUUACUACUCCACCCUGCCGGGACCUCUGAGGACGAGGGCGAGUCAAGGGGGGGCCACGGCCAGGAGGAAGGAGGGAGAGGGGGGAGGAGCGGGGGGAGGAGGGGUGAGACAUUCCCUCUACCAGUCCCCUCACCUGCUGCUGCUGCAGGGAUACAACAAACAGGACUGCCUGGUGUACCUGUUGAACAGAGAGCAGCACACUGUGGGUCAGGAGACCCCGUCAGCCCGACCAAACAUCUGCCUGUCCUCUCCUGACAUCCUGCCUCUCCACUGUCGUCUCCACCGCGUCCCCCGUCGCCAUGGCAGCACCCCCAACAACAACAACCCCUCCGCAGCCGCCGCCGCCAUCACCGGGGACGACCGCUUCUGCGUUGCCGUGGAGCCCAUCCCCAACGCGACGGUCCUGGUCAACUUCUCCCGGUGCGAGCAAUCCACCCAGCUUCGCCAUGGCGACCUGCUGUCGUUCGGAGCCCACUACAUCUUCCUGUAUAAGGACCCGACGGGUGCCAAACCCCUCCCCGCCCAGACGCUGGCACGCCUCCGAACCCUGGGGCAGCUUUACGAGGCUGGGGGAGGAGGGGGGGUGGAGACGGACGGUGGGACAGAGGGGGGAGGGACCUGUAAGAUGUGUGGCUCAUUGUUAAAGGACAAGGGGGCGUUGUCCUCCCAAACCGGCCCCCCCGCCAGGCGCAGUUUCAAACCACACCUGGUGAAACCCCGAGGAGGGGGGGUGGGGGGGACAGGCGUCGUGACGACGGUCUUGGCGGGACAGAACCAGAAGAGACGCCUGCAUUUGGACUUUGAACAGGCCCACGAGGACGCCCUGGUGAGCAGGAUCAUGUCUCUGAUCGAGCCGGGCGGAGACGACCACAAGUUAGCCCCCGCCUACCUGCUGUGUCUCUGCAUACAGCACUCUGCCGCCGCCUUCCCUCCAGGCUGCUUCGGCAAACUGCUGCUGAAGAUAGUUCGAUGCAUCCAGACUAUCUCCUGGGAGAAGACAAAGGAAUUGGCACAGAAGCAAGCUCAGCAUCAGGACCCGGCCUCCCUGUCUCUCCUGUCCAUCAGUGAUCUGAUCCCAGACCUGCAGGUCGUAUUCUUCUGGAUGUCCAACAGUAUAGAGAUCCUCUACUUCAUCCAACAGAAGGCCCCAGCAUACACACAGGGCAUAGAGACGCUCGACUCUAAAGGUUCCAAGGAGUCGUUGCUAUCGGCAACCAUCUCAGCCAAUGAGGAGGCUAUGACCAUCCUGGAGGAAGUGAUCAUGUACACCUUCCAGCAAUGUGUCUACUACAUCACCAAGUCCCUGUACAUAGUACUUCCUGGUCUGCUGGACUGUAACCCAUUCCCAGUGGACAGCUCUGAACCCUGCUGGAGAGGAGGUACAGGGUUUCCUGAGCCCGUACGCAGGGUCCUGCAGGUGUUCCAGUGCAGUCAGGAGUUACUCCAGGGGUACCAGGUCCACCCAGAGGUCCAGGCCCAGAUGUUCUCCUACCUCUUCUUCUUCUCUAACGUAUCUCUCUUCAACCAGCUCAUGGACAAGGGUCCGUCGCGGGGCUGGUUCCAGCGCUCUAAGGUUCUCCAGGUUCAGGCCUGUGUCAGGAUGGUUCUAGAGUGGACUAGGAAGGCGGGGCUUAGUUACCUGGCAGACAAGUUCUUCAACAAGUUCAACAGCGCUGUCAGCAUCCUGGCCACACCCCCUCAGCAGCUAACACAGAUGAGUUGGAAGGUGCUGUGCGCGGACCACCCCAGUCUGAAGCCGGUUCAGCUGCAUGGCCUGUUGACUCAGUACCAGUUGACAGCUGAGAUGGGGCCUGUUCCUAUCUGGCAGCCCAGCAGUGAGGAUGAGGCAUACAUAUACAGGACAGUGGACCUGUUGGAGAGUUUUGAGAACCACCCCCCCAUCGUCCUCCCCAGCGGGGGGUUCAGAGUGGACCUGGACAGUGACUGUAUAGAGGACAGCAUCUAUAGACAGCUGCUCUACGUCAAACACUUCCUCUGGGGGUUACGCACAAAGACUCACACACACCCCACUGUCAACAACACACACACACACCCCACUGUCAACAACACACACACACACCCCACUGUCAACAACACACACACUCACACACACCCCACUGUCAACAACACACACACACACCCCACUGUCAACAACACACACACACACCCCACUGUCAACAACACACACACACACCCCACUGUCAACAACACACACACACACCCCACUGUCAACAACACACACACUCACACACACCCCACUGUCAACAACACACACACUCACACACACCCCACAGGCAACAGCUCACACACUCACAAUCACACCACGGUUAACGGGACUGGAACGAGCACGAGCACCGGGACUAGUACCGCCGCCGCAGACUGGCAGGAAGUACAGAGGGAGUGUCCUCCGUCCCACAACAGUCCCCGGUCAGGAGGGGGGGAGGAAUGGGUGAGGGACAGACCCCAAGGCCAAUCUCACAGCAGUGUGAGGAGGAAUGGCAUCGCCCCACACCUCCGGCCGACCAACCAGGACCCUUCGUGCCUCCUGACUUCGCCCAACACUCCCCGGAACCCCGAGGGGGGCGGGGCUGACCUGGUUGGACACGCCCCCCAGGUCAACGGCUGCAGUAAUGGCAGACCCACAACAGACGGGAAGAAAAGCAACGGACUAGAGGGUAGUAUAUGUGAGUUCCCCUUCCCCGUGCCUCCCGGGGCCCUGCUACCUGAUGAUGAGUGUUGUCUGGUGUUUGUAGUGGAGCUGAACAAGGGACCCUACGGACUGGGCAUGGGACUCAUAGAUGGACUGCACACGCCUCUGAAUGCUCCAGGGAUCUAUAUCAGAACUCUGAUUCCAGACGGUCCGGCGGCGUCUGACGGGAGGCUGAGGAUUGGAGACCGGAUACUAGCGGUUAACGGGACCAGCCUGAUAGGAGCAGACUACCAGAGUGCUGUGGAUCUGAUCCGGCUAGGCGGAGGGCGUCUGCGUUUCCUGGUGGCCAAGUCAGACCUGGAGGUCUCCGAGAAGAUCAGCGCUUCGUCCUGCUGACUGGUGGGAACGGCGGGAAUCUCCACGGUAACGCUGCGCUCCACCAGGGACAGAGGAGGAAGAGAGGAGAUGGAUUCUAGGAAGAUGGACAGAUACUGGAAUGAGGAGAUACUCCUGGGAGAGAAAGAGCUUUCCUUCGAUCCCUAGUAUAACACGCACAGACACAUCAGCCUCGUCCUCAAAACUCAGACGAUGACGGUUGGAAAAAAAACUGAAAUCCCAAAUGAAUCGAUCAAAAGCACCAAACACUGGGAAGACUCAGGAAUCGAUCAGGAGUUUGUGACACGAGGAGUCAACAGACACUUCAAAAACCAGACAGACAUUCUAAUGUUCUAUACUGCACUGUUACUACGGUAACACACGCUCUGCCUGGAUUGGCUGAGGUACCGAGUCACCUACCCCGACUCCCAUUGUCUCUGAGUAAGACUGCCAAGGCAGUCUCGACCAAUCACCUGCGAAUAGUCAGUGAUUUGAGGCUAAGUCUAACCAAUCAGUCUGGAGCGUUAACCCCUUCCUGCUGGGGUUCUUUUAAAGCACAGUGGAGUCAGUUAAGGGCUGCGGUCCGAUUCUCCACCCUUCUCCCCUGAAGUCAACAAUACAAUGCUUUCAAUCAAACACGUUGUGGGGAAUAGACUCAGACGCAGGUUCAUGUGUGUGUGAACACGUCUUUAUUAAUAUUAUAACCAAGAGAUGGAGCUUUCUGAUCUGUUCUUAAACUGGGGCCAUUGUUAAUCUGCUGACCAAACCAUGGAGAUUCAAUGGAAAAUGUCCAAAAUGAUGAUGUUGGCCUCUCAUUGACUAUAUUUACAUGGUAUGUACUAACUGCAUGGUUAUAUGUACAUACCAAACUACACUCUGUAUGGAGGACUGUUGGAGUGACUCGCUCUAUUGAAGAAUGUUCUAUUGAAGAAUGUUGUGACGUUCUAUUGAAGAAUGUUGUGACGUUCUAUUGAAGAAUGUUGUGACGUUCUAUUGAAGAACAUUGUGACGUUCUAUUGAAGAACGUUGUGACGUUCUAUUGAAGAAUGUUGUGACGUUCUAUUGAAGAAUGUUGUGACGUUCUAUUGAAGAAUAGUGUGACUUUCUAUUGAAGAACGUUGUGACGUUCUAUUGAAGAAUGUUGUGACGUUCUAUUGAAGAACGUUGUGACGUUCUAUUGAAGAACGUUGUGACGUUCUAUUGAAGAAUAUUGUGACGUUCUAUUGAAGAACGUUGUGACGUUCUAUUGAAGAACGUUGUGACGUUCUAUUGAAGAAUAUUGUGACGUUCUAUUGAAGAAUAGUGUGACUUUCUAUUGAAGAACGUUGUGACGUUCUAUUGAAGAAUGUUGUGACGUUCUAUUGAAGAAUAUUGUGACGUUCUAUUGAAGAAUAGUGUGACUUUCUAUUGAAGAACGUUGUGACGUUCUAUUGAAGAACGUUGUGACGUUCUAUUGAAGAACGUUGUGACGUUCUAUUGAAGAACGUUGUGACGUUCUAUUGAAGAAUAUUGUGACGUUCUAUUGAAGAAUAGUGUGACUUUCUAUUGAAGAACGUUGUGACGUUCUAUUGAAGAAUGUUGUGACGUUCUAUUGAAGAACGUUGUGACGUUCUAUUGAAGAAUAUUGUGACGUUCUAUUGUUCUGGAAGAAUGUCACGAUGAACCCUGUUUAUAGCUGAUGCUAACCUGUGUCCUGUUCUCCUCCUCAUUUCUAGACCAUUAGAAGAACUUAUAGUGAUCCCAACUUCCUGUCGUCCUCCUCAUUUCUAGACCAUUAGAAGAACUUAUAGUGAUCCCAACUUCCUGUCGUCCUCCUCAUUUCUAGACCAUUAGAAGAACUUAUAGUGAUCCCAACUUCCUGUCGUCCUUCUCAUUUCUAGACCAUUAGAAGAACUUAUAGUGAUCCCAACUUCCUGUCGUCCUCCUCAUUUCUAGACCAUUAGAAGAACUUAUAGUGAUCCCAACUUCCUGUCGUCCUCCUCAUUUCUAGACCAUUAGAAGAACUUAUAGUGAUCCCAACUUCCUGUCGUCCUCCUCAUUUCUAGACCAUUAGAAGAACUUAUAGUGAUCCCAACUUCCUGUCGUCCUCCUCAUUUCUAGACCAUUAGAAGAACUUAUAGUGAUCCCAACUUCCUGUCGUCCUCCUCAUUUCUAGACCAUUAGAAGAACUUAUAGUGAUCCCAACUUCCUGUCGUCCUCCUCAUUUCUAGACCAUUAGAAGAACUUAUAGUGAUCCCAACUUCCUGUCGUCCUCCUCAUUUCUAGACCAUUAGAAGAACUUAUAGUGAUCCCAACUUCCUGUCGUCCUCCUCAUUUCUAGACCAUUAGAAGAACUUAUAGUGAUCCCAACUUCCUGUCGUCCUCCUCAUUUCUAGACCAUUAGAAGAACUUAUAGUGAUCACAACUUCCUGACCGCCUCCGCAGGUUGUUCUGAGGGCAGCUCCGCCUCCAGGGAACUGGCAGACCAAAGCCAUUGGUCGGAUGAAAACUCAGUGACAUGUCAGUGGGCGGGGUUUACAGGCGAGAGUCAAAUAAGAAAAGACCUUGGGUGGUAGGUUGCCAGUUCAAAUCCCAGUUGAGACUUUUGUUUCCCCAACAUUUUUAACUAUACUGAACCAAAAUAUAAAGGCAACAUGUAAAGUGUUGGUCCCAUGUUUUAUGAGCUGAAAUAAAAGAUCCCAGAAAUGUUCCAUGCGCACAAAAAACUUCUCAAAUUUGUUUACAUCCCUGUUGGUGAGCAUUUUUCCUUUGCCAAGAUAAUCCAUCCACCUGACAGGUGUGGCAUAUUAAGAAGCUGAUUAAACAGCAUGAUCUUUACACAGGUGCACCUUGUGCUGGGAAUAAUAAAAGGCCACUCUAAAAUGUGCCGUUUUGUUACACAACACAAUGCCACAGAAGUCUCAAGUUGAGGGAGAGGGCAAUUGGCAUGUUGACUGCAGGAAUGUCCGCCAGAGAAUUGAAUGUUAAUUUCUCUACCAUAAGCCGCCUCCAACGUCAUUUUAGAGAGUUUGGCAGUACAUCCAACCGGCCUCAUACCAAAUGUAAACAGACCAGCCCAACACCAUUGCCGCACAUAGAGAUACACUACAUGACCAAAAGUACAUGAACACCUGCUCGUUCGAACAUCUCAUUCCAAAAUCAUGGGCAUUAAUAUGGAGUUGGUCCCCCCUUUGCUGCUAUAACAGCCUCCACUCUUCUGGGAAGGAUUUCCACUAGAUGUUGGGGACUUGCUUCCAUUCAGCCACAAGAGCAUUAGUGAGGCCGGUCACUGAUGUUGGGCGAUUAGGCCUGGCUCGCAGUCGGCGUUCUGAUUCGUCACACACUACAAAACCCUCUCCCCUUUUUUUUCACCUUUAUUUAACCUGGUAGGCUAGUUGAGAACAAGUUCAACAAGGAUAAAGCCAAGAUAAAGCAAAGCAGUGCGUCACAAACAACAACAGAGUGACACGUGGGAUAAACAAACAUGCCGGCAAUAACACAAUAGAGAAAGUCUAUAUACAGUGUGUGCAAAUGAGGUAGGAUCACUAACAAUAUAGCAAUUAAACACUGGAGUGAUAGAUGUGCAGAAGAGGAGUGUGCAAGUAGAGAUACUGGGGUGCAAAGGAGCAAGAUGAAUAAAUAAAUACAGUAUGGGGAUGAGGUAGAUAGAUGGGCUGUUUACAGAUGGGCUAUGUACAGGUGCAGUGAUCUGUGAGCUGCUCUGGCAGCUGGUGCUUAUAGUUAGUGAGGGAGAUAUGAGUCUCCAGUGGUGGGUAGUGUAUGGGGCUUUGGUGACAAAACGGAUGGCACUGUGAUAGACUGCAUCCAAUUUGCUGAGUAGUGUGUUGGAGGCUAUUUUGUAAAUGACAUCGCCGAAGUCAAGCAUCGGUAGGAUAGUCAGUUUUACGAGGGUAUGUUUGGCAGCAUGAGUGAAGGAUGCUUUGUUGUGAAAUAGGAAGUCGAUUCUAGAUUUAAUUUUGGAUUGGAGAUGCUUAAUGUGAGUCUGGAAGGAGAGUUUACAGUCUAACCAGACACCUAGGUAUUUGUAGUUGUCCACAUAUUCUAAGUCAGAACUGUCCAGAGUAGUGAUGCUGGACAGACGGGCAGGUAUGGGCAGUGCUGUCCACUGCUGGCCCAAUGUACAAGGCCCUCCUCUCUGCUGGCCCAGUGGACAAGGCCUUCCCCUCUGCUGGCCCAGUGGACAAGGCCCUCCUCUCUGCUGGCCCAGUGGACAAGGCACUCCCCUCUGCUGGCCCAGUGUACAAGGCCCUCCCCCCUGCUGGCCCAAUGUACAAGGCCCUCCCCCCUGCUGGCCCAAUGUACAAGGCCCUCCCCUCUGCUGGCCCAGUGGACAAGGCCCUCCCCUCUACUGGCCCAGUGGACAAGGCCCUCCCCCCUGCUGGCCCAAUGUACAAGGCCCUCCCCCCUGCUGGCCCAGUGGACAAGGCCCCCCCCCCCCUGCUGGCCCAGUAGACAAGGCCCUCCCCUCUGCUGGCCCAAUCUAAUCUUACCGAUGGCCUUUAUUUCAGCGUAAAGCGAUACCUCGAGUCAAUGGUGCCACCUGCCAAUGAUUUUAAAGUUUGAUCAUCCAGAUCUGUUUACACUCUUAACAUAAAGAUACGUCUCCCUGACUACCUCGGCAGCUGGUCAGAGAGAUCGGAUCACAAUCACUUGUUUUAAAAUCGUCCACACCUGGGAGAAAAAAAAGAAAGAAUGUAGACAAGAUCAGGACACAUGUUAGCACUAGGUAUAAGACGGGUCCUGAAGGAGAUUCAGUGUUCAUCAGGACACAUGUUAGCACCAGGUAUAAAACAGGUCCUGAAGGAGAUUCAGUGUUCAUCAGGACACAUGUUAGCACCAGGUAUAAGACAGGUCCUGAAGGAGAUUCAGUGUUCAUCAGGACACAUGUUAGCACCAGGUAUAAGACGGGUCCUGAAGGAGAUUCAGUGUUCAUCAGGACACAUGUUAGCACCAGGUAUAAGACGGGUCCUGAAGGAGAUUCAGUGUUCUGGAAGCCAAUAUCCUCAUGUACAUCUGUCUCCACAUCAAUGACAUGAUUUAACCUUGUAUGUGUACUUCAUAGUGUAAACGGUUUGUACCAGUCUGUGUUUCAUACAUGCAGCAUGUGUCUGAUAAACUUUUCAAUAUUUAUACUACUCGGCAACCACAGGAUUAUUGAAUAUGAAUAAACUGUUGACAGGAAGUGACAA